AAGGAUAAUGGGCAAUUUAAAACGAGUGAAAAGGUAAAAGAGGGUCCAAAUUAAAGCAUAUUAUUCUUUUUUGGUUUGGAAAGUGCUGAAACAACAACUUACACAAAAGGAGGUCAGUACUGAAGUGUGACACCAUUCAUUUGGCGAAAAUCCUCCAACAAACUAAACACAGUAAUUGCAUUUCAAGAAUGAACUAAAUUCCAGAUUCCGCACAUAUAAAUAAGCCUCUCUGCAGUAUGAAGUUCAUUGCACACUAAAUUAGAAUCAUCGUUUCAGUUUAGAACCAGAAAGAAUGGCAGCAACAGCAACAAAAUGGGGAUUCUGCUUCACCUUAACCAUCAUAAUAGCUGUUUGCUUUUCCCAAACAGCAGCAGAAGCAGUAACCAAGAAUGAUCCCAAGGCCGCCAAGUUCCUUGGUGGAAGGGGUGGGGCUUUCGGCAUCCAGGCCAGACCCCAAGUUUUAGCAAUGACAUCAAAGGCUGGAAAUGAUGGUGAAAAUGCUGUGGUGAGCAAACACCCAAACGACGAUUGGGCGAUUGGGAACGGCUGCGACACGACGGAGGAGUGCAGGAAACAGUGCCUCACCCUCACUUACAAGUGCAUCAAUCACGUCUGCGAUUGCGAUGCGACCCCUGCUGCUAAAAGACUUUAAACUGCAAACCUACAUUUACUACUUUGUACUAUGUCUCCUCCAGUCUCCCACACUAAGUAAAAAAGUUGGGAGACUCAAUUUGUCUGGGGUCUGUCCUUUGAUUUGACAUUCCUUAUAAAUAAACAAAGGGGAUUUGUUUAUCUAUUACUCCCUCCAUUUCAAAAUAAUUAUCAUCCUAC